AUGGACUCAUCGGACGACGAGUUAUCCUGGGCAUCCAGCAGCGAGCUGUAUGAGCUUGAGAUGGCCGUGCGAGCCAAGGAUGAAUUAGAUGUCUGGCAGAACAAUUGGCCUCCUGUCAAUCCACCAUCUAAGAGCACUAUGGUGGCUUUGCCAUCGCCGUCGCCGACUUCCGUCGAUGCCGAAGAUGAGCAACCGUCGCUUUUAGCCAGUCGACACCGAGAGACUAUACUGAGCUCAGCAGAACGAAUAAAGCUGACGACGAAAUCCCGCAAACGAAAAGCCUCUGUCUCCUCACCGAGCGGUCCACGCAAGAAGAGAGCCGUUGGAGUUACGAAUAUGACUCCCCCUGAACAGAUCGCGAAACCAGAAAAGCUUACAGUGGUGCCCGAGCAGAGAUCUGAGAGGAAGUCCGGUAAGACGGUACCUGCCACACCCAGGAAGAAGAAAGACAAUUAUCUCCUGCCAACCCCUCCGAGCAGCCUCAAUAUUCAGAGUACUUCAGGCGUGAUGCUUACGACGAUGUCGGACCUCACCAGCCACCCAGAAAACACGCCUCUCAAGUAUCGGCACAAAUCUGCAGAGUCUCAGAAGAAUGGGAGGAAGAAUGGGAAGACUGAUGUCAGUUACCUCUCUGCGAUGAUGCCUCAGAGAUGA